AACACCGGAGUACGAAAUUACGAAGCAUAUACUGUGCAUUCUAUUCAAUUAAAUCCACAUACCACCAGCAGUCUAGCACAAGCCUCUGCUCUACUAGCUCUCCGGCCACCGGCACCGCCACAAAUAAUCCAUUGUUUCAAUCAACUCUCUUCGGCAAUUAGUAACCCUAACUUCCCUUUAUCUUCUCAGUAUUUGAUCCCUCAAAAUUUCAAUUUAGGGGUUUUCGAUUGAUCCCCUUGCUAGAUCUGAUAAAAGAAAUCUCUAAAUUACUCCACAAUAAAGUGAAAUUCUCGUCUGGUUUUCGGCUGAAUUCAGAGGAAGACGACUCAAUUUUUUUCUCGGUGUUCCAAUUAAUUGAAGUUGAGAUCAAUUUUGAGAACCACUGAACUAUUGAGUGUAAUCAAGUAGCAUUUUUUUGGGUGAAAUGUUGCCAUUAUGAUGUUUUGUUGGAUGAUAAUUUGUCUCAAGUUUGUGGGAAAUGAGCCGUUCCCCAUCAUUUUCAUUAAAGUCGGAACCGAGUCCGGAGGUCGAUAAUGAUUCGUUGCACCGAUGGAUUGUGGCCUUUUAUGUUAUUAGGUUUGAUCUUGAGCAAGGUCAGGUGGUAGAGGAAUGUUUCCCGCCAGGUUGUUUAUCAGAAGAUGAGGAACUUGGGACAGCUUUUAGUUCGUUCCCAGAUUCUGUAUCCCAGAACCAUAAUCGUUCCAGUAUCCAUGAUUGCAUAUUCUUCUUUAGGAUCCGAAGGCGUGGAUUUGUUGAUGCAGCCAAUGUACUUACUUCUGAGAUAGUUGAGAUAGAGAGAGAUACUCCUCAGAAGUCUGCCACAAAUUGGCAGGUUUUGAGCAAACAAUCUAGUGAUGAAGGUUCACGGUUCUUGUACGGCUUUGUCUUCAAUAGGCAAAGGCAUGAUGAGAGGCUUAAGCGAGGUGGGGAACAAAAGUCGGUGGUUAUCUUGUCUCAUAGUCCAUUUUCUAGUGUGUUCAGGCCUUUGUUACAAAUUAUGGGUCCAUUGUUCUUUGACAUAGGAAAGAAAGCCCUUGAACAUGUUGCUGCUUAUGUGUCAUUAUGGCCGCCUCCUGUUCCAGGGAAGCUAAUGGAACUUCCCAUUGGUAAUGCUACCCUGAAGGUGAACCUGCCUCCUGUUCAAAGUUUGCCUUUGGAUGAGAGAAUGAUGCUUGAAGAGUCUGCCACUCUUAUGGUUCCUUUGCUUGCAACAAAUCAGUCAAUCCCGUUAGGUCUAUUCCAUGAAGCAGACCUUUUUGGAAUUUUUCGUGGAAUUCUCUUGCAGCUUUGGAUUCUGUGGGAGUUAGUACUUGUUGGCGAGCCCAUCCUUAUCAUUGCCCCAACUCCUCCUCAGUGUUGUGAGGCUGUUGCAGGCCUUGUGAGUUUAGUUGCUCCACUACUUUGUAGUAUUGACUUCAGGCCUUAUUUCACCAUUCACGAUCCAGAAUUUGCGCAGUUGAACUCACUUCAAGAUGGUGGUUCUUUUCCUCCAAUGAUACUUGGUGUAACAAACCUCUUUUUCUUGAAAGCGUUGCGCAAAUUUCCUCACAUUGUGUCUGUUGGAAGUCCUGUUGCUAAUUCAAGCCGUGCUAACAUUGCUUCUGGGUCCUCUUCUGGUAGACCAACUGGUCGCUUAGAAGGAUUGGGUGUUCAACAGCUCUCCUUGAGGAAAUUUUCUCCCUCAAGCUUGUUAAAUGCAGUCAAGUUAAGGAGGGAGGGUCCUCUUUGUCUGAUGACAGAUCACAAAGAAGCUGUUUGGACCAGUUAUGGAGCAACUACCAAGCCUGAUACAUCUAUCUUGAACAGGCUGGUUGAUGCAGGGGCGUUAACAAGGGUUGAGGAAUCUAUGUCUGUUGUGAACAACGAGAUUCUACGUCGCCAUUUUUUGGAGCUGACCACCAACUUUUUGUCUCCUUUUGGCCCUUAUUUCAAGAUCAAUACCCCGUCUGAAGGGACUUCACCAUUUGUUGAUCCACCACCUCUUCCUCCAUUUAAUGCAGAAGAAUUCCUUUAUACUUUAGCAGCAAGAGGUCCAGGGAAAUUUUUAUCAAAGAGGAUGAGAUCAAACUGGCUUGAUUUAUACAGGCGUUUUCUCAAGGGGGAGAAUUUUAUGCCAUGGUUUACUAGAAGACGUGCAGUUGCUGAACAAGAGCAGCACAGGUUAUGGAAACAAGCAAGACUGAAGACUGACAUCCAACAGUUCUUAUCUAAGAUGGCUGAAUUAGAAGUUGUGGACUCCUUCAAUGCUAUUGAAAGGCAUCUUCUUGGGGAGCUGCAGAAAUAUGGAACAAGUCGACAGGACUCUAUGAAAAGUUGCCAGAAGCUGCAGGAAGAUCUGCAGGCAGUAUUUAAUGUUCUGCCAAAGGACAUGCAACAGCUGCUACUUAUGAAUCCCGAGCGAGCAGCUCUUGUACAGGGAACUUAGGAAUGUUUUCUCCUUACAAUUUUGGAAGAUGUUCUUGAGCUAGAAUGGGCGGUGCACUAUUAUCUAUUGAAUUAUGUUGGAGAAGUUCUCUUGUGCAGAUACAUGUUUAUUUUUUUAUUCAUCCGUCACAGAACAAGUAGACUUAUGGCUGGUGUUCAAGCUUGCAUGUAUCUUGACUGAGAAGAUUGAUGUUUGGAUGAUGAUUAAGGGUUCAAGAAGCACGAACUUACCACACCUGUAAAUGGUGGCAGGAGGGUUAUAUGACUUAUUUAAGGAAGAUUUUUGGCCAUUUUCGUCGCAGAUUUAAUGAGCAACAGCCCAUACUUGUAAUCAAUGUGUAUACAUCAUUCUCUUGUUUUAUUACCCCCUUUAGUUAUACGAAAUAUAUUUUUGUUUCAUACAAGCAUGAUUCAUCUGA